UCGGAAGUUAAGCCGGAACUUGUGUUACCCUGCGGAGUCCAUCCAAUAUUCAUCUUUUUUACACACAGGUCUCCCCUAUUCUAUUUAGGUAGGUGUAGUCUUGCUCAUAUCGCAUCGAAAGAACCGGCCUUCAAUAUAAAUACAGACUUUUUUAUCAACGAGAAUUAUACACUUUUUUAUCUAUCUACGUGUAAUCAUGCCGCAUGCUGCAACGCCACCACCCCCUUCAACUCCUCUUUACGUCAACGAUGGCUUGUUCGAUGAAGACCAAGUCGGCUUCCUCCGACCUUCGUCCCCAUCCGAACCCCUAGACGACCUCCGUCAGCGCUUCGAGCGGGAUGGCUAUCUGUUUCUGAAGGGCCUCAUCCCUCGCGAUGAUGUCCUCAAAGCCAGAGAAGCUUAUUUUAAUCUUUUAGCCCCCAGCGGAGUUCUUGCUCCGGGGACACUCCCGGUUGAGGGUGUAUUUGACGGUAACAAGGACAAGUUGGACUUCCCGGGAAUGGUACCUGGCUCUACAGAUGGCAAUGGGCGCCCGCGUGGUGGCAUUUUCGUCGACCUCGCUCUGCAAGCCCACGCAGAGCCCUGGUAUAAGGACGAGUUCUGCAAACAUCCGGCAUUGCGCUCCUUCAUCGCCAGUCUCACGGGGUGGGGAGAAAAUACUCUCGGCCUGACUAGGUCCCUCCUAAGAAACAACACCCCACACAAUAAAGCAAUUGGCGUGCAUUAUGACCAGAUCUUCCUCCGUCACGGCGAAGAUACUAGCAUGACUGCAUGGGUGCCCAUGGGCGAUAUUUCCUUAGAUGGUGGUGGCUUGAUCUACUUGGAGAAUGGGCACACGCUUGGCCGGGAGUUGGAGAAGGAUUUCUAUGACCGAGCUAAGCAGACAGGACUGACAGAGGCUGAGGCGAAGGACGCAUUCAAUAAGAACAUGAUGAGCGGGGGCUUACUGGCAGACGGUCCAAAAGAUUUCGGUAAAGUAUACGGACGGAGAUGGCUGGUUACGGACUAUGAGGCCGGCGAUGUCGUGCUGCACACGCCUUAUACGAUCCAUGCUUCGACAAUCAACAAAGAUCCGAAGAAUGUUAUUCGGCUCGGUACGGACUUAAGAUUUGUCAACUCAUCUAGGCCGUAUGAUACACGAUGGGUCAAUAUUUACACCUUUGGGGAUGGUGUAUAGUAUAGAGUAGUCGUAGUUACCUAGGUACGGAUUAACCGAACACAUUAUUUCCUUAACUCCGGGGCGUCGUGCGAGUGUCAUAUAUCCACCCAACUGGUUUAUGAGAUACAAGACCCAAUCAGAACAGAGUAAGGCAACUAUUAGCAACUACAUCCCGGUUUAAUUAGUUAAUGUACUGCACAUGGCAAAAGUACCUAGGUGCCAGGUGCUUACGCCAACCUCAAGUUUUAUCUUCAUAAUAAUCGCUUGAAGGAGUAUAGUGUAGGAAGGUGUGUCGACCCUAGGAGAUAAUAGGCUCUCCAAGAACACUAAAGAAUAUACUG